AUGAUGAAUAUUUGAUAUAUCACAUUUUUUACAUUAGUAAAUCAUUUUACAUAUAUUUUAGCGUUAGUUUUGGUUUUAAAUGGACUCUACGCAACAGAAAAUCUGAGGAGCCGCUUUGGAGCCAAAAGAGCCGGCUCUCAAAAAGAGUUGGAAUUCCCAUCUACGCUCGAUCUCGUAGAUUCUCACGGGAGGGGGAAAUCGGCCCAGCAUUAGCCAAUCAGAAUCGAGGUGUGUGCAAUCAUUAAUAAUGCUGUUUUAGCCAGGAGCGUGGUAGCUGUUUACACCAGAGAACACACUACACGUGUCCUGGAUGAGUAAACCACACCUUUAAUAUACCUUAUUAACGUCAUUCCUACUGGUUUAUUAGUCCUGAUGACGGUGUGAUGGCCGGUGUGGAGCGGCAGUGAGCGGGUUAAAGCAGACGGCGGGACCGUCCUAUCAGUGCUCCCCGGGGCAGUCCCGGCCCACCUCCUCCCACCUCCGGGGGAGAGGAGCCAGCGCGCUGGCGGGGCAGGAGCGUGUCAUCCUGGCUGGAGAAGCAGACUCGCUGCUCGGUCUCGUUGGCUUAACGCGGCUCAGGAAACCCGAAUGUGAACUCUUUGGUGGUCGGUGAGGCCACGGAGCCCGGCGGAGCACCGGGAAGCACCGGGAGGACAGCAGCGCGGCCAGAGAGACCUCACCAGCGGAGCGGCGAGGCGGCUCAGAGGCACCCGGUCCACAGGGAAACGACGAUGGCCCUCAGCGGCUCGGGUGGAGACUCCAUCGGUGGUGGGGGGAACCAUCCUCUCAGCUCCAGUGGAAGCGUCGCACCAGGCAGAGGCCAGGGUCCUCUCACAGCUUCGUUUGGUGGUGACCGCCACACGGCUGAGGGUGACGAGGAGGGUGAGGUUAGGAGGGAAUCUCCCAGGCUGCAGCAGCGGACUCAGAACGGUGGCGUGCUCAAAAAGAACAGUUCCAUGAGGUACCUGCCUCCUCAGUCAGCUACCUCACCCUCCCCUGGCCUCACAGAGCCCCAGAGACUAGCCAAACCUCACCUUCCCUCCACCCUGUCCCCAUCAUCUCUCUCCCCUCCCCUCCAGCCCCCACCCCUCUGUUGCCCACACUGCCACUUCCACUCCACCCUGUGCUGCAGCUGUGGCCAACAGGAGCGCCUGCUCUUCCAGAACCAGGCCUCUGGCUCCAGCCCUCAUCCAGGCGCCACUCCUUCAUCCUGUCUUUGCUGCCUCUCCUCCUGCUUGUACUCUCACCCUCAUCACCCAUCCUCCCUCCUCGCUCUUCAUCACCACCAGCGCUGGCAGGAGCACCUGCAGAGUCAGAAACUCACACCUGGUAUCAGCCCUGCAAGGUCCUUCCGAUUCCCCAAAAGCUACGCUGAGCUGAUAGCUGAUUGGCCGGUGGUUGUGCUUGGCGUGUGCACAGUGCUCAUCAUGGUUUGUGCCUUGGUGGGGAUCCUGGUACCGGACCUGCCUGACUUCUCCAACCCGCUGCUGGGUUUCGAGCCUCGGGGCACCGCUAUUGGCCAGCGGCUGGUCACAUGGAACAAUAUGAUCAAGAACACGGGCUACAAGGCCACACUGGCCAACUACCCCUUCAAGUAUGCUGAUGAGCAGGCCAAAAUUCACCAAGAGCCCAGUCGGCCGGAGGACCAUGCUGACCGAGACAAAAGGCAGGCGGAGUGGGACUUCCGUAAGGAGUUCUUCUGUGAUGUUCCAGGUGAUCGCUACUCUCGGCUGGUUUUCACGUCAGCGGAAGGAACGAAUCUGUGGAACAUUCAGACCAUCAAGUCAAUGUGCAACCAGGACAACACCCGAGUUCGCUCCCACCGUAACUACUGGAGUCUGUGUCAGCGCACCAACGACGACUCCUGCUGUCCGAGCUGGACGCUGGGGAACUACGUUGCUGUCCUCACCAACAGGUCAUCCUGUCAAAAGAUCACAGAGCGGGACGUGUCCAACACUCUCAAGAUCCUUCGCUCCUGUGUCAAGUACUACCACAACGGCACGCUCGGACCCGAGUGCUGGGACAUGGCGCUCCGACGGAAGGAUCAGGUGAAGUGUGCCGGCGUGCCCCGGAAGUGCACCAAGUUCAAUGCUGUCUACCAGAUCCUUCACUUCCUGGUGGACAAAGAUUUCCUCAGUCCCAGGAGCCUGGAGCACCCCCCGCCCGUGCUCACGUACAGCAUGCUCUUCACUCCCACGGAGAAGGGGAAGUCCAUGAUGAACAUCUAUCUGGAUAACUUUGAGAACUGGAACUCCUCUGAUGGCGUCACCACGGUCACGGGGAUCGAGUUUGGCAUCAAACACGACCUGUUCCAGGACUUCCUCCUGACCGACACGGUGUACCCAGCCAUCGCCAUCGUGAUCGUCCUGCUGGUCAUGUGUGUGUACACGCGCUCCGUGUUCAUCACUCUCAUGACUAUAAUCGCCAUCAUCAGUUCACUGAUCGUUUCUUACUUUCUCUAUCGAAUGGUCUUCAACUUUGAGUUCUUCCCCUUCAUGAACCUGACGGCGCUCAUCAUCCUUGUUGGCGUCGGCGCGGACGACGCCUUCGUGCUCUGUGACGUCUGGAACUACACCAAGUUCGACAAGCCACAGGCCGAGUUGUCCGAGACGGUCGGCGUGACCCUUCAGCACGCCGCGCUCUCCAUGUUUGUCACCAGCUUCACCACCGCAGCAGCUUUUUAUGCCAACUACGUCAGCAACAUCACCGCCAUUCGCUGCUUCGGCGUUUAUGCCGGCACCGCCAUUCUGGUCAACUACGUUCUGAUGGUGACGUGGCUUCCUGCUGUGGUGGUGCUCCAUGAGCGCUACCUGCCCAGUGUCUUGCCCUGCUCCAGACCUGAACACCAGCAUAGAAGCGUCUACUCGCAGAUGUUCUGGGCCGGUCUCUGUCAGAAGGCCAGCAAGUGUCUGUUCACGAUGUCGGAGGCGUCCAGGAUCUUCUUCCAGAAGGUUCUGCCUUGUAUCGUCAUCAGGCUGCGCUACUUCUGGCUCUUCUGGUUCCUUGCCAUCACAGUCGGCGGGGCCUAUGUGGUUUGUAGGAACCCCAAAAUGAAGCUCCCAUCCCUGGAGCUGGCAGAGUUCCAGGUCUUCAGGUCUUCUCACCCAUUUGAGCGCUACGACGCCGAGUUCAAGAAGCUGUUCAUGUUUGAGAGAGUUAACCAUGGCGAGGACCUCCACAUGCCCAUCACCAUCAUCUGGGGGGUUUCUCCCGUGGACAACGGAGACCCCCUGAACCCCAAAAACAAGGGGAAGCUGAUGCUGGACACCAGCUUUAACAUAGCCAGUCCUGCAUCUCAGCUGUGGAUCCUCAACUUCUGCCAGAAGCUGAGGAACCAGAGCUUCGUCUUUCAGUCUGAGGAGCAAGACUUCACCAGCUGCUUCAUUGAGACGUUCAAGCAGUGGAUGGAGAAUCAGGACUGCGAUGAGGCCUCGGUCUACCCCUGCUGCAGCCAGUCCACCUUCCCUUACAAGCAGGAAGUGUUUGAGCUGUGCAUCAAGAGAGCAAUCAUGGAGUUGGAUCGCAGUACCAGCUACCACCUGGACAGCAAGACUCCCGGACCUCGGUUCGACGUCAACGACACCAUCACAGCCAUUGUUUUAGAGUUCCAGAGCACCCACCUCUUCACACUGGCCUAUGACAAGAUGUCCCACUUCUACAGAGAGGUGGAUGCCUGGAUCGCCGAGGAGCUGUGCUCCGCCCCUGAAGGUCUGAGCAACGGCUGGUUCGUCAGCAACCUGGAGUUCUACGACCUCCAGGACAGCCUGUCUGGUGGUACUCUGGUUGCCAUGGCGUUGUCAGUGGCUGUAGCCUUCAGCGUCAUGCUGCUAACCACCUGGAACAUCAUCAUCAGUCUGUACGCCAUCUUCUCGAUUGCCGGGACCAUCUUUGUCACCGUGGGCUCCCUGGUUCUUCUGGGAUGGGAGCUGAACGUCCUGGAGUCCGUUACCAUUUCUGUUGCGGUGGGACUGUCGGUGGACUUCGCCGUCCACUAUGGUGUCGCCUACAGACUCGCUCCGGCGCCUGACCGGGAGGGGAAGGUGGUUUUUUCCCUCAGUCGGAUGGGUUCUGCUAUCGCCAUGGCAGCACUGACUACCUUUGUUGCCGGGGCGAUGAUGAUGCCGUCAACUGUGCUGGCCUACACCCAGCUGGGGACCUUCAUGAUGCUGAUCAUGUGCAUCAGCUGGGCCUUCGCCACCUUCUUCUUCCAGUGCAUGUGCCGUUGCCUGGGGCCUCAGGGGACCUGCGGUCAGAUACCCCUCCCUGAGAAGCUGCAGUGCCAGGCCUUCAGCACGGCCACCUCCACAGACCCGCCUCCUCAGGGGACGCGUUCUGCCUCAGCAAAGUAUCAGCUCAGUACCCAGGGUGGGGAGGGGGAGCACUACGAGCUGGAACCGCUGGCGUCCUGUCAGAACUCUGGAGGUAAGGAGCCAGACUCUGGCCCUCCGCUGUGUAACGGAAGCCUUCCUCAUCACUCACCGCCCAGUCAUCGUCAAAGCGCUGACACUAGCAGAACCGCACCAGAAAACGGGCGUCUCGCCACUCUGAGUCCCAAAUCCCGGUGCCAGUACUCCGAGAACACUAACUGUACCUGCAGGGAUUACCUUGAUCCCCCGUUACAGCCACCCACCCCGCAGCCCCUCCCCCUGUCAGGUAACCUCCUGAGCAAACACAGCCGGGCCCUGGUGUCUCCGAACCUGGGCCCGGUCUACACACACAUGGAAUGCUGUUUGCACUACGUCCACUGCCCCCUCACCCACUUCCAUCACUGUUCCCAGGCGAGAGCAGCGACCCCCCAGCCAGGACUCGCCCACAGCUGCCACCUCAGGAGGUACUGUGUCAACUCCCCACCCCCCAUCCUGAACCAGGACACGGGCCCGGCUCCAGCCAGCGUCUCACAGACUGUCGGAGCAGAAGCCGGUCCUGUAGGUGCCGAUGGAGACCAGAGGUUGAGUUCAGACCCUCCGGUGCGACCCCCCACGGCACACACGGCCUGUCCAGAAAGCCCACGGACAGCAGAAAGCAGCCAGUGCUUUCCACCCAGAGCGAUCCCAGACACGGUCGACUCUUGUCACGCUCCCGUCACACGGCAGGAAGGUGUCCGAGCGUGCAAACAGAACUCUCAGAGAGCGCGGGUGUCCGCGGCGUCCUCUAACAAACGCUGUUGCUUUAACAGGACAUUAAAGGUGAAGAGCAACUCCGCUGCAGAGUCUCUCGAGCCGAGCAGCGAGGCCGCCGUGUCUCCUGCUGCCGCUGGCACGCACCCCCCCUCUGAGAGCGUAUGCUGACGGUGAACGGAUGUAAAGAAACGGGUCACACUUCAUAAUAAGGGUCAAUGUUACCUAGCUCAUAAUUAAGCAUUAAUAAACAGAGGGCCCCUUUAUUAAUGUUGAUGUUACCUAGUAAGUGUCCUUAAGGUUAGGCAGGGGGUGUUUGCUUAGUAAUGCAUUACUUAAUAUAUUCAAGCAGUAGUUACGACCUUAUUUAGUGGUUUAUUAAUGAUUAUAAUGCACUAAGUAACGUUAAUAAAGGAGCCCUUAUUGUGAAGUCUUACGUAGAACAGACAGCCAACAUGUCUCCGUGCAAUCACACAACAAGUGUUAACCAAGUGCCUCGGUGUGUUAUAGUGCGUAACGUGUCACCGGUCCUUCACCAGCCAGCUGUAGAUCUGCAGUAAGCUCGUGUGUCUCCAGCGACGGCGUGCCGUCCUCCUGUCCUCCAGCGCCACCAGCCUCACAUUAAAGCUGGACUGUGUCAUUACAA